AUGUCUAGAAAAGGUGUUUCUUUCCUAAGCCGCUUUAUCGGUACAAAGAAAAAAGAUCCGCUGCCAGACGCAGAAGAUGAGAGCUCCGAACCCGAGCCUAGCCGCAUGUCCAUCGAUACUUCUCAUCCAAUAGGAUUCAUCCCGCGACAUCCUGCGCCGCCCAGGUAUCUGCGAGUUCGUACGCAUUACAAGAAAGACAAGGAGUUUGAAAGGGUCUUCCUGGCUCAGGAGCUUGCAGGCAUCCCCGGCCAGCAGCGUGCCGCGGAACGCCGGAUAUCAACAUCUACUUCUUCCCAGAAUGGCGAACAUACGGGUAGGGCUAUAUGGGCCCUGCAAUUCUCAAAGGAUGGCAAGUACCUAGCUGCCGCAGGUCAGGAUAAAAAAGUCCGGCUAUGGGCAGUCAUAUCAACCCCAGACGAGCGCGAAGCUGCGAACCAUGACGAUACCGAACAGCCCCGCAAUGAGCAAGACCCGCCACGCCUGAAAGCACCCAUGUUUCACCCCAAGCCGGCUCAGGUUUUUGAGGGACACACUGGUAGCAUUUUAGACCUGAGUUGGAGUAAACAUAGUGACUUUGUCACUUCCAUUCAAUUCCACCCUCGGGAUGAUCGCUUUUUUCUCGCUGGCUCGCUCGACACUAAGCUCAGACUGUGGAGCAUUCCUGACAAGAGUGUGGCCUUUGUAACGGCUGCACCCGACAUGGUAACCGCGGUGGCAUUCACGCCGGAUGGUCGAUACUCGAUGGCUGGAUGUCUGAACGGAACACUGAAUAUCUAUGACACAGAAGGCUUGAAGCUUUCCGGACAGAUCCAUGUUCGAUCUGCGCGGGGAAAGAAUUCCAAAGGCCACAAAAUUACAGGGAUUGAUACAAUGAUCAGUCCACCGGGCGACCCCAAAGGCGACAUCAAACUGUUGGUAACGAGCAAUGACUCUCGAAUCCGACUCUAUGAUUUCCGAGAUCGAGUCUUAGAGGCCAAAUUCCGUGGAAAUGAGAACAGCUGCAGCCAGAUUCGAGCAACCUUUACAGAAGACAACAAACACGUCAUCUGUGGAAGUGAGGAUCGCCGUGCCUAUGUUUGGCCGAUUGGGACCGUAGAACGUGACACGGACAAGCGUGCUUGCGAGAUAUUCGAGACACAGUCUGCCAUUGUGACGGUAGCCGUGACCGCUCCAACCGCGACAAAGCAGGUGCUGGCUCUGUCUGAGGACCCAAUCUACGAUAUCUGCAACCCCCCGCCCGUCGCACUUAUGAGCCCUGAUGAAUCUCCCGAAGCGCCAAAGCAGGAAAGCUCAGGAAAUGAAUCUGGGAGCAAGCAUAUCCGGACCGGAUCUGCGCCGCGACUAUCGAUUGUUAGCAAAAUGGCGCAUGACUCGCCGUCAUACCUUGCUCGAUCAAAGCAUCCUGAUGGCAACAUUAUCGUGAUGGCCGAUUACUCCGGUAAGAUCCAGGUACUCCGACAGGACUGCGCCUAUGACAAACGACGAUUUGAAAACUGGAAAGCCAACUCAACAAUCUCACGACGGAUUAUGAGACGGUCGAAUUCAGCACGUCAUAGUGUGGCAUCUUCAAACGGCAAGGAGUCAACCCACAAGACGCCGUCUGAGCGGAUUGUCUCCUGGCGCAACUCUGUUAUCCGCCAUGGGCGCACGAGCACAGAAGGUUCACGUUCCGGCCUUAGAACCCGCAGUCCAUCGCCCCACCAUCACCGAGCCGCGGCGUUUCGUCUCACCUCAUCACGCCCGUCAAGUAUGGGCCCUCACGAAUCCCUUUCAGCAGCCGCCACGUCCCCACCGUCAUCCCCACGUCCAUCUGGUGCUCAUACGAGACAACCAAUCGAGAAGAGAUCCGGCCUGAACGGGCAUGGCCCUGUCGUUGGCUCAGAUCUGCGAGCGCUACCGUCUUCGUCGGCCGGAAUCAUAGCCAGUGGCAAGGGAAAUGACAAUCCGCUCUGGCUCCAAGGCGAUCAUAGCUAUGCGUACUGGAACAAGAUAACACAUGAUGCGAUGGCGAUGCGGUCUCGGAAGUCAAAAGACUUGCUGAGCCCCAACUCGAUCCGAUCCGAUGAACGCAAGCUGAGCACGACCAGCAGCAUACUCAGCAGCGAUUACGCCUCGUCGACUAGUGAAAAAGAUGAAGAUAAUCUCAAAUGCGACCACUGCCGUGGUUCAAACUUCCGUGGAGUCAAGGACCGGGACGGUAAGCAGAAGCUGAUAUGCGUUCAAUGCAACCGGUCUGUUCCUUGA